AUGGAUCCUCCAUUGCAACCGGCCAGUGCGAAUUCCCGAACGAGGGCGCAAAAGCGCCCCCGCGACAAUUCGCCCGUGACGCCAUUGAAGCGUCGUCGAACACAACUUGCCUCCACUGAGCCCGUGAAAACACCAGCCACGGGCCAAGUUGAAUAUACAGCUACUCCCGUGUCCAAUUUGCGGACCCGUGAGCAGCUUGAUCGGUAUCACGAGAGCGUCAAACGAGAUGAGCUUCGACUCAUAGAGGUCAAGAACAAAUUAUCGACUCUGCGCGGGGACAUCGAAGCGGAGCCCGAGAGCUCACCAGAGCCAACGUCUGGGUCAACAAAUAUAACCACGAAAAAGGCAAUCAAGCUUUUGGAGAGAAUCGUCAGCAACAAUCAGCGGAUCGAAGAGCUCGAGGAGGAGCGGCGCCAAGUCGCACCCGUCUCGCGUGGGCCCACGCGCGUCGACCAGGAUGGUUUCGUUACGAGAUCGCCCAAAAAAGAGAAAACACAGCGUGGAAAACUGAGUGUGGAUAUUCGGGCAGCACGCAAGCGCAUUACCUACGCCUGGAAUGUGCUUGCUGCGGCGGGAGUAGUCACCGAUCCGGACUCGGGCUCUGCAGACCAUCAGAAUGACAUCCCGGACAAUACACCGUCGAGGAUGCCUUCCCCCAAGCGCUCAUCGAAUGUUGCGAGGCGAAGUCGUCAACCGAGCAGAGAGCUGGUGAAUGAGUCAGACACGGAACCGAUCCUUCCAAAGGUUAACAAGCCCAUUGCUCGAUCAAUCAAGUCAACUGUUUCUCCUGGGCAAAGUCCAGGAAAGAAUGUACCCGUCAUCUCCUUUGUGAACGGCAAAGAGAAAGUAUCUGUCAGAGAGGUCGAGAGCGAGGCCGAGGCCGAGGAUGUGGUGGAGGAGCCCAAGUUCGCUAAGAAUGCGAAGCCCUUAAAGCCUGCAAGACAGGGCAAGAGUGCGCUGGCUGCAGCGCGCAAGGCGCGCGCCGCUUAUCUAGCCAACAAAGCCGCAAAUCGCACGCGCCGAUCGAUCUACUCGCCGGACUCUAUUGACAGCGACGAUGAGGAACAACUCGCGCAACAACUUACGGAACAACAGGAACCCGAGAUCGAUCCCCCACACGCGGCGAAGGAGGCUGAUCUUCCAGAGAUGGAGGGUUUGGCCGGUCCAACAGCGCCGACCACUCCAGAGACAGCUGAACCGGUCGAGGAGGAAGUCAAGGAAACUCCUCCCAGGCAGUUGCCUGAGGACCACAUUGUGGGCGAGGACCGUGAGGGUGCGAGCCCCGAAGUUGAUGAUAACGAAGACGACAGUAUCCAGGAGAGCAUCGAGUCCGAAGUCGAAGCUUCAGAAACGAACCCCUCGAAAAAGUCACAGGCAAACGGUGUGGCUGUCGAAAGCAGCGUCUUCAAUGGAACGGAUGCGAAACCGUCCGUGAACGUGAACUCGUCAACUGAUGACGAUGACGAGGAAGGCUCGGACGACGAUGAAUCAGAUGACGAAGACUACCACACUAAUCCCCACGAUGAAACCGAGAACGAUUCGAUUGACGAUAAAGCCGACACCGCGUCGACUGGAUCGAUCGAAGGCCUGAGCACUCUGAAAGAGACGGGUACCGGACCCCAUCAAUCCGCAGAUGCGAAGGAUCCAGCUGCGAAAGUAGAGGGUCAACUGCGGGAGAAAACGAUAUCCUCGUCCACGAGCUCUUCCACAUCACCU